GAAGGUCUCAACCGCGCCAAGGUCACAAUACUGGGAGGAGUUGAGAUUUAGUACUGGGAGAAAAAGAAAAAUUUGCUGUUUACUGUGACAUCUCAAUGGAUGUGAAACAGGAGACCUGUGAUGGGGACACAAACAUCAUGGAUAUAAAUGUAAAUAUUAAGGAGGAGGACGAGGACUGUAAUUGGGAGUUCAUCUACCCUAAACAGGAAAGUCUGAGCAUCAAGGAGGAAGAACGUGAACUUCAGUCAGUGGACAUUAAAGAAGAAGCUGAGGAGAAGUCUGUCAGUAUUGGGACGCAUUACCAUACAAAUUUAAGAAGUGUUGAGGAAUGCGUUCUUCAUGAUUGGUGUCAAGAUGGAGUGGUGACAGGGUUAGACUCUUCUCAAAGCAGACACUGUUCAUCUCCAGAGCCUUCUAUCAAUGUGAAGUCUGAAUCAUUACAGUCUGACACAAAGAGGACUGAGGAGACUACAUCUGAUAGAACUCGGGAAAAUCGGCCACCACCUACAAAGAAGUCUGGGAAAAGAAAUAAAUAUAACUCGUGCUUGGAAUGUGGCAAGGAAUUCUCUGACAGGAGUGCUCUUCAGGUCCACACUAGAGUUCACACCGGAGAGAAGCCGUAUUACUGUAAUGAAUGUGGUAAACAGUUUUCACAAAUUGGCAAUCUUCAGAGACACACAAGAGUUCACACGGGAGAGAAGCCAUAUUGCUGUAAUGAAUGUGGCAGACAAUUCUCUGACAGAAGCAGUUUUCAAAUCCACACAAGAAUUCACACUGGAGAAAAGUCAUACUGCUGUGUGGAAUGUGGCCAAAAAUUUUAUGACAUGAGCAAUCUGAAGUACCACACUAGAGUUCACACUGGAGAGAAGCCGUAUCACUGUAAUGAAUGUGGUAAACAGUUUUCAAAUAUAAGCAACCUGAAGAACCACACUAGACACAUUUUCCAGAGGUCCCUGAAACUCCUCUUUUACAUGAUCUUCGAGUCGGAAGCUAAACAGACCAACCGGAGAGUAAAGUGGACAAGGACAAGUGACAACAAGAAACUUGCUGAACUGGAGGAGUUGGAGCAGCAGAUGGAGGAGUACGAUAGAGCCGAUAAGUUAUGCAUCCAGCUUGAUAAUCAAGUGCAGGACGCUCUUCACCAACGGGAGAGUUUAAUGCAAAGGCCGUCUAGGCAGUGGCGUCUUAGACAAGCUGGAAGGGACUUGCAGGAGGCUUCAGCCUUUCUGAAACAGAAUGAGGAUGAAGAAUGUUUAUCUCUGCGUGGUUGUCAGUCUGCUGACUUUUUUUUUCUAGGAGUCAAUGUGGACUAUCAAGUGGCACUAUUGUGGCGUUGUCGUCCAGCUCUGCAAUGA